AUGAAGGAUGCAGCUAAAAAUAUUAUUGGAAAGAUACCAAGUAUUUCAAGUGAUAUUAGCAAAAAAGCCGGCAAACUUCAGAAACAAAUUCAACAUUAUGCACAAGAAAAUUCCAUCGGAAAACGACUUGUCCCUUGUAUUGAAGAAGAAGAGCGGCGGUUGUUAACUUUGAUUGCUGGUGUGAAAGUAAAAGUAAUAACACAAGUUGAAAAUUUUGAAGCUUUUCAACAGUCUAACCAAGAUUUACUUCAGAUAGUAGACGAAAUGACAGCCAUACUACAUAAUUUAUGGAAAGAAGAAUUUUGUAUAAUGUUUUUGUCCAGAUGGUCUGCCGUUAUGUUAGGGUUAAGGAAAUAUGAAACUAAAUUGCAAGAGAUGAAUAUAUUAAAAUUUAAAGAAACGAGAGGAAUCUUACUGAAGACCGAAUCAGGUGUUAGGCAGUAUUUUCGAAAUAUUAUAAUAAAGGAUGACACUUUGUCCACAUGCCUUUGCUCAGACUCGGAUGUUUCUGAAUUCGAAACUGUAAAUGGUCCGCAUAGUUCGGUACAUUAUGAUAUUAGUGAUGAUGAGGUUUUGGAAGAUGGAUUUGUUAACAUAGUUCAACUACAAAAAGAUGAUGGAAAUGAAAAGACAAUUUUGGAAGAGUUGACAUAUGUGAAAAACGAGAUUGAACGAUUGAAGAAAGGAACGGAUGAAUUCAUAAGAACGCAGGAAAAAACUGCAGAAGGAAAAUUGGAGAUGUUAAGACCAUUGAAUCCUUCAGAAGAAACUAUUGUACAUAUGGGAUCAAGAAUUUUGUUGGGUAUUAAGGAUUCACUGCCAACUAAUAGCAGUUCUAUUUCAGAUGUUGUUGACUUUGUAUUGGAUCAUAUCAGUAAACUUUACGGAAAUCUUGCUUCCAUACAAAACGUUCUUCAAAGUGAGAAGGAUAAAUUUGAGGACCUUACAAGUACACAGACGGAAACAAACAGAACCAAUAAACAACUCGAAUAUGUUAUCGAGGAACAAAAGAAAAACAUACUCGUACUAAAGAGUGAAAUAAGAUCAACAAAAGAGCAACGACAAAAACAAGAAGAAUCAAACGAUGAUCUUAAUAAACAAUUUAAGGAAUUACAAGAGAGGACACGUCGAUAUCAACUGGAAAAUAAUCAGACUGAAGAAAGGUAUCAACUUGUAUGUAAUGAAAAGGAUGACUUAAAACUCAGAAUACAACAGGCUUUUUAUCAAAUAAAUCAGAAAGAUAAAUCUAUAACAGAUUUAGAAAAGAUGAAUCGUCACAAAAAAGAUACAAUAUUUGAAAAAGAAGAGGUAAUUACGGUCCUACGUAAAGAGAAGGACGAUCUACAAACCAGGUUAAGCAGUGUUGCAGGCGAAAAGUUAACAAAGGGAAAUUCAGCUAUUACAGAUCUUGGUGAUCCUAAUCGUCCUAUGAAAAUUGGUGAAAAGUACGGUGAAUUGUAUGACAACGAAUGGACAGAUGCAAUGGAGAAUAUAAAAACUGUAAAACAGUACUAUCAUGGUCUAAAUAAUUCGGAAAUAGAGGAAAUAAUCAUACAUCAUCUGCACAGAUUAUUGAAAUGUUGUUAUGAUGACUGUUUGGCCAGGGCAGACCAGCAAAUACAAUCGAUUGGAAAGGCAUUUGCUGAAACCAUGUGUUUGAACAUAACACCGGAUGAAGAUAUUGUAAAUCUUCCUGUAUGUAAAGAGGCAUCUGCAUUCAGAAAAGAAAGAUCAAAGGAAUUUGCGAAAGUCUUAUACCAAAAUAAGAGUCUCUGUAAGAAUGCAAUAGAUGACUGGAAAUACAAGUUUAAAAAUGUCGAUGUUAUGCAAUUAUUGAUGACAUCAGAAUUCUAUGAGAAGUGUGUUCACCUGUGUUGGUCUAUGGUAAUUCAAGAUCCGAAGAUGUAUCUAGAUGAAGAUUUACUCCCAGACACACCUUUUGACAAGAACACAUACAAAGAAUUUGUUCGAAGUGGUGAUAGAGUAGCAUAUGUUGUCUGGCCAGCGUUGUUUCUGCACAAAGAUGGUCCUUUGCUCUUUAAAGGAGUGGUACAAGCUUACUGGAAGAAAUCAUAAUGCUUAUUUUUAUAGCAAAACAUCGAAUAUGACUGAUGUUAUUUAACACAAAAUUGGCUGUUGAAUGUUGCUUUUUCAAGUAAAUAUGUAUUUUUGGUAUAUUCCCCCAAAUUAUUUGUUUAUCCAUUCAAUAAACACAACAACUGUUAGUGUGCUAAUAUACAUUUGUAG